GGCCGUCUGGAGCCUCGGAACCUCUUUAGUGCCGGAGUCGGGGCCGCAGGCGGCGGGCGAGCAGAACCUCUGGAUGGACUCUUCCUCGGAAGCUUUGCUAAUUUGCAGCAGCUGGGCAAUGCUCCUCAUUACCAUCUGUCUGUCAGCAUAGUCCAACGUCAUUUCACUGUGGUGGCAGGGGCUUGGCUCCGAAUUCUGUAUAAGAAAGCGCCUGGAUCCUAGUCUUUCAAUGGCUUCAAGACAACCAGAAGUGCCUGUGCUCUCUGGGUUGCUGAAGUCAUUGAUUUCUCCUUGGACUGUUACCAGAAAGGAAGCUCUUGCGCCCAGUGGGCCUCUAGGCAAGAUGUCCCUGCCCAUCGGGAUGUGCCGCCGGGCAUUCAGCUAUGAUGAUGCCCUAGAGGACCCUGCGCCCAUGACUCCUCCUCCAUCGGACAUGGGCAGCAUCCCCUGGAAGCCAGUGAUUCCAGAGCGCAAGUAUCAGCAUCUUGACAAGACAGAGGAAGGAGUGGCCAGUGUCUCUUCCCUUGCUGUGAUUCCAUCAACAGCCACUGACAAUUCAGACAAGGCUCCUGUGGUGAAGGCUAAAGCUACCCAUGUCAUCAUGAAUUCCCUGAUCACAAAACAGACUCAGGAGAGCAUCCAGCGUUUUGAGCAACAAGCAGGACUGAGAGAUGCUGGCUACACACCUCACAAGGGCCUCACCACUGAGGAGACCAAGUACCUCCGAGUGGCAGAAGCACUUCAUAAACUAAAGCUGCAGAGUGGAGAGACAACAAAAGAAGAGAAGCAUUCUGCAUCAGCCCAGUCCACCCCGAGCAGCACCCCCCACUCUUCCCCCAAGCAGAAGUCCAGAGGCUGGUUCCCCUCUGGCUCCUCUACAGCCUUACCUGGCCCCAAUCCUCACACCAUGGAUCCUGGGAGUGGGAAUGACAAGAACUCAGCAGAAAAGUGGAGCCUCUUUGGACCGAGGCCCCUGCAGAGGUCUGACUCUGGUUUUGCCAUCCAGGCUUACAAAGGUGCCCCCAAACCCUCUCCUAUGGAGCUAAUGCGUGCUCAAGCCACACGAGUAGGUGAUGAUCCAGCAACAUUCAAGCUGCCUAAGAUGGAUAUCCCAGUGGUCGAAGGGAAGAAACCACCACCUCGAACCCAUAAUCUCAAACCCCGUGACCUGAAUGUGCUCACGCCCACUGGCUUCUAGAAUGCUUUCUGUCCAGGGUCUGCAACUUUCCCUGGGCUCUGACAUAGGAGUGAUGUAGGUAACUAGAGGCUGGAGUGACAUUGUGCAGAUUGUCCUUGUGUGAGAGAAACCAUUUUGCACUGCUUUCAGGUUGGUGGAAAAUGUCAGUGGUGCUGAGUGGGGAACCUCACUUUAAAAAAAAAAAAAUUAUUUAUCCUAGAGGAAGAUUUGACCCUUGCUUUCUUAGGUAAAUAGUGCAGGUAUGCUUCCAAAACUAUCAACAUGAGCAGUUACAAAUCAUGAUAGAGGUGCCCACCAACUCAUUUGGACAGCCUUGGCUUCCUGACGUGCUUUUUAGCCUUGUGAGUGGGCCUGGACUUGUCUGAGAGCUGGGUACAGCUUAUGACCACACUUGGCAGGACCCUGGCUCUCUAAGUUGAACCACAGGUUCUUUUUCUUGAUUAGUUGAGUGUACACUUUGUCCUGGCCCCUGCAGUUGGAGGGUUGUCUAUCUGCUGUGUCACAGAAUAAACACUAGUCUUGCAUGGUCUCUUUUGCACUUUAACAUGAAAUUAAUUGAGCUCCUACUUGAGUCUACUGGUUUCACACUGAUAAAUGAUUCCUUUUUCCCCCUUCCAUUACUGGGUCCUGCUCAUGCUAGGCAAGUGCUCUACCACUGAUUUUCACUCCUAGUUCCUGAAUCCUAAGCUUUUUUUUUUUUUCUAGUUGUGUGUGUUGUUUUUUGAGAUAGGGUCUUUUACUAUGCAGCCUUGGCUGGGCUGGAACUCCCUCAGUAGACUCAAAGAGAAGAUCUACCUGCUCCUGUCUCCCAGUGCUAGGAUUAAAGGCGUAUACCACCACACCCAGCUCAAACUUUUGUUAAAGAUAGGUACAAUUGGAUUAUAGUCUUCAGGAUCAUCUGAACUUGUUGUCACCUUAUUGUGAUAACCUUGAGAGCAUUUUCCACCAAAUUAGCCUAUGUUCAGUAACACAUCUUACUGAGGAAAGGAUUCUUAUUGUUCACAGGUCUGUUGGGCUUGCACACUGUCACACUCGCUUGCUAGAUCAUUUUAGAUAUUAGUCCUUUUACAUAAUGUGCUAACCUCACAGAGAAGCUCUGGAGUCUAAGAUUGUUGUAAAAAUUAAUUUAUUUGUGUUAUCUUGUACUGACAAUAAAAAUCUUUACUACUUUCUCAAA